UCUCAAUGUCAUACCCAACUCAUACCAGAUAUGAUUCUGAUCGAGAACUCCUGUUUAAGGAACGGGGAAUUUACGGUCUGUGAAGGCCUCAGAACAUCAACACCUCGGGAAACUGAAUAUUCCUGCCAAGGGCGUUUAGCGACGUCUUGAAGCUGUAGCUUUUUCCUCACCCCGGAACCGUUACCCUCUCUCACUUUCCCGAGACAAAGUAAUCCAGACCAGACGGCCCGCACAGAACCCAAAAGUUUCAAAUCACGUUUGCCUCCGAGGCUCCGACAGCGCUCGCUGCUUCCGUGCUUCCGGGCCAUGCAUGAUCGAUAGAACGUCUAGACCUCUAUUUUCAGUUCCUGGAGGACCUUUGGGGACCAAAAACUAGCGAAAGGCCUCACAUCCUCUGCCUUUCACUGGAUAUGUACUGACCAGCAUCAUUAACUCCUUGUUCUUCGAUGAAUUGCUGUAGCAUCAAGGCUAGUGUCCUUGCCUUCAUGCUGUCAAUCCCGUCCCUGGAUACCGAAAAUGUCUGUGCCUCGACUCCUAGCCCGUUCCUAUCUGAAAACAGUUGUCCGUCACAAAACACGCAGAUGCCAUCCUUCAGUAACAACCUACAUCUGAUAUCGGUCACAGUGCCGUGUUUCAUAUAAAUCACUCACAACUUUUCACAAAUCUUCCGACUUUCUUUCAUCCCUUCCCCCCCCCCCCCUACUGUCCUUUGUUUGUGGAAAGAGAGAGAUGAUGUUCCUCACCCUCGUUACUGCUUUCGCUGUUACUUCCGUUUCUGCAACUUCCGUCCGUUUCCCAAACCUAAUAGCCAAAGCUGAGCUCUCCGCCGGAGCUGCUCUUUCGGCCUCAAACAACUUCGGUUCCUCUAUUCCUCCAUGGCAGGAAGGUUACUCCCCCGCUUGGUAUAUGGGAGAUAACCCAGAUAACGCGCCCGAGUUGCCAUGGCUCAAGGAUCGCACCCUCUGCACUGUCCUCAACAAAGUCCCCGACUCCAUCCACUGUCCUACCUUCCCACUCGCACUAGCUGUUCGAGCUAAACUCGCAGCGCCCAAACGGAGGUCUCCAGUACCGCAGGAUCCUACAGUCCCUUCGCCAGCAACCCCUUCUCAACCCCCUCCUCCUCCACCGCCCCCGGGUGUUUAUAACCCCGUAUUUACCAAUUUGGAUGGUGCUAUAGAAGCGGAUGAUUACAUGACCUUUGGGUUGGUUGAUACUAUAGAUGACUGCCUCAAAAUGUGCGACACCGUCAUUGGGUGCGGUUUCGUGAAUACUUACCACGAUGUGAACGGCAAAGACGGAAGCCCCCUUUUGACUUGUUCUUUAUACCGUAGCUGUCACGGUCCUGACCAAGCUAUCAACAAGGGUGGACAAAGUCAGCCUGAUGGGUCGAUUAAUUUCAUUCGAAGCAGUGAUGGGUAUUGUAAGCAGUCUUAAGUUGUCGUGCUUUCACUUAAAUUUUACAUCCGAACCCUUGUUCCCUCAUCUCUCGUUUUUGGGACUUUGGAGGAUAUCUUUAUCUUGUUACCUUUGUUGUCAUUCUACCUGUCAGACGCUUGUGCACUUCGUUUUUCAACAUAAUCGUAUUGGACGUCAGUUUACGGACAUUGCGUUACUAUAUUUAUUACAAACAAAAUUACUAUGUUUCGUCGACUGUCGUUAUACCGCCACACGUCGUGGGCCCAUGUUGCGCAAUGUGUUGUAAUGGUUGACGUUGGUGCCUCGUCUUCAUCAUUGAAUUGUUAGCUGAAACUGACC